GUGCGUGAAGCAAGGAAGCGUUUUCGAUGAUGAGACGGGCCGUAGACGGGCGAGUUGAGCCGUGAUGCGUCGUGCCGGUUGGACUGGGCAGAUUCUGCACCCGAAGCCACGUGAGUAAGUCUGACCACUCCUCUCAGACUCCGCAGCAGCGCGGCUCCCGACUGGCACUUCUCGCGUCGUGACAUCGAGUAUUGGGACUUCAGCCCUUUCGCGACGUCUAAACUUUCCAUAGCCUGGUGAUCUUGGCUUUUGCGUUGGUUGAGUCGCAUGUAUACCUAGGUGUGGUUCAUGCGCUCUCGCCCCGGCUGUCGUCCACAGGAGAAUGCUGUCUCCUGCUGUCGCAUCGGACCCUGUAACCUCAACGAACACACACAACUCGUCUGCCUCUUUGCACACCCCUUCCGUGCUCAACAACAUCAGCGGCCACGGUAGCGCGAUCUUGCAGCCUGGCGCGAACGGCACCCACGCAGGCGUAGCGGCGCCGGCGAGAGAUGUGAUACGUGAAGGGAAGGAGAAGGCACGAGCCGUAAUGGCGGCAUCAGGUAUUUACAUUGGAGCGAAUACGCCGACUAGGGCGUCAACAUUCGACGGCGCCAGCGUGUCUCCAAUCACGAAUGGCGUCGCGCAUGGUCGCAAGCGAUCACGGUCAGGCUCGCCGAGACCACUGUCGAACUCCAGACAAGCGAACGCGGAACAAACAGCAGCCGACGACCAUGGCAGGUACUUACUAACACAGUAUCGCAUACGCGAUCAGUAUAAAUCAGCACACAUCUCUGAGCGCAUAUCGCGCCAGGAGGAUCUCCAAAGGAGCAAACUGCAAGCAAGCCAGGAAAUCAGGAGGCUAGAGGCACCACCGAAAACUUCUCAUGAAAUGCACCAAAGAGUCUGGGACGCUGCGAGAAUAUACGGCGGCGGAUUUGAGGGUUGGGGUAAUGGCUGGACCGUCUCACCGCAGCCUGUCCUCAUGUAUCCUCACGAUCCGCAGAAAAAAUGGCCGGGGCACAAGACUCGUCACGACCGCCGUAUUCGCUUCAACAGGAAGCAGCUGGCGAACCAAGCAGAACAGCUGGAGGAUUUGGUUCCCAUACGCCUAGACAUUGAGCAUGACAAAAUCAAGCUACGCGAUACUUUCACCUGGAACCUGCACGAACGAAUAAUGGAACCUCGAGUGUUCGCCGAGACGCUUGUUGAGGAUUUCAAGAUUCCCCAGGAACACCUGCAAUACGUAUCUCAGGAAGUCUAUAAGACGAUACAGGAAAGCAUUAUUGAAUACUACCCUCACAUCUUUCUAGAGGAGAAUCCCGACGACCCUAGCGCACCCGACGAUGUGAACAGAAACGAUGAAAUGCGGAUUGUAAUCAAGCUGAAUAUCACCAUUGGCGCGCAUACCUUGGUUGAUCAAUUCGAGUGGGACAUCAACAACCCAGACAAUGACCCAGAAGCCUUUGCUAAACAACUGGCCAUAGACAUGGCCUUGUCAGGAGAGUUUACCACUGCGAUAGCACACCAGAUUCGGGAACAGGUCCAGAUGUUUACAAAGAGCUUGUACAUCACGGGACAUCCUUUCGAUGGACGGCCAGUUGAGGACUCGGAUGUUCGCGAUAACUUCUUGCCCUCGCCAAUCAAUUCAGUCUUCCGACCGGUUCAGUCAGCUAAGGACUUCCAUCCAUUCUUGUAUGAGCUGAAGAACGAGGAACUCAACCAGCAGGAAUUGUCGAUACUGCGCGAACAGAGAAGGCAGAAGAGGUCAACGACCCGGCGUGGUGGUCCUGCUCUUCCAGAUCUAAAAGAUCGCGAGAGAACCGUGCGAUCUCUAAUUGUGUCGACCGUCCUACCGGGUGCGGCAGAUUCAUUAGAAAAUGCAAGGGUGUUCAAGUAUUCGCGUGCCUCAGGUCGCAGAAAAGGCGGCAACCGCACCUUUGAUGGCUCGGAUUCGGAAGAAUCAGAAUCGGAGGAGUCGGAGGCAGAGGAGGUUACUCAGAUCACUGGUGGUACCGCGCGAACGCGUGGUAUACGUGGUGCAGCUUCUGCGGCACAAGCAGCCAUGAGAGCUACAUUAGGUAGAUCGCAAACACCUGAGGUUACGCAGUUGGAAACCCAACAACAGGAACGGCGGGCCACGUCGCGAUCUCUGCGUUAUGAAAUGCGAGAAGAGAGUGUGCCGGAUCCUACAACCAUGAUCGUCAAGUUAAAGAUCAACCCCACCAAGUUCCGAGCAUGGUUGAGAACAUAUCAAGCACGUCCAUCCAAUGCGUCUUCCACACCGCAUGUAUCUUCACAGACAGGCACUCCGCAGCAACAUGGUCAGGGGGGAUCAUCGAUGCCUCCGCCACCUUCGCCGGCUCCAGGGAAAAAUACGACGCCAAGACCUCCGUCGAGGAGUUCCUCUGCGAACGAAACAAAAUGGAGAUAUCAUCCCGAUGGAAGCGUCGAUGCUCCGGAUACUCCUCCCGAUGAUGACAGCCAAAUACCACCCCCACCGACUUGGCUUACAGAAGCGCUUUCGGGCUUGAGUAAAGAGCGGCCUCGUGAUUCCUUUGAAGGCUUCAUGAAACUACUUCAUGCGGACAGGCGAACAGGGCACCAACUGAAGCCCGACGAGCUGCAGAACGUACCUAAAGAAUUCAUUAUGCAGAAAUGGUUCCCAAGGAUCCGGUGUAAUGACUGUCCAGGGAAGUCAUACAAUGCUAAACCCGCGGAUGUUGUGCAGAACUUCAUGGUACAUCUUAACAACAGAAAACAUAGGGACCAGGUUGAAGCGAGGAUCAGAAAUGGAGGCAGAGCUGGUGCUGAGUAGAAGACGUCUGCGAGUUGCUGAAGGAUCAGAAACAUGUUGGACUGGGACAGCAUAUGAUGCAGUCUGCUUCAUAAAAUUAGCUAUCAUAGCUUGGCCUAACCUAGACGGUUCUGGUAGCGAUGCACACGAUUUUGCACCGUAGAAGAGGAGCGCUGUGGGAAACGAUGGGUUUUGUGUAGCGACACUUUCUAUUUUUGAUAAGGACCAGUGGGCUCCUGUCAACUGAAUGAUAAAAUCAAUGUCUCGUCCGA